GAAGUGCACCACCUUGUAGGGCAUCCCCACAUCUAACCAGUAGGUGGAGGCUGCCCCACCCACUGUCACUUCUGUUUCAGGUAACUCAGAUGGCUCAAAGUGCAGAUUCAACAGAGACAGAGGUGCAGGCUCCCAAAACAUUCUGAGCUGUGCUGAACUGGUCCCAGAAUGCAGCUGGAGGCUUUCAUUGUGAUCCGUGAAUGGUUGAAGCAGCUGUGGCCAGAGGCUGAAAUUAAUUAUCAUGUUGUCCUGGCCUUGACCUGUGGCUCAGCUGCAGCCCUUUUGGCAUUCAAAUGGGUGAACCAGAAAAUGAUCAAAAAACAAAUACAGGAUGCAAGGAAAAAGAGAGAACUUGGCUUGGAAAAAAUGGAGAAAGCUGUUCAGAAGUUUAAACAACAGAAUCCCAGUGUACAAGUUGCUCACAUCCUUUCUCUGCCUCUGGUUGAGUUGACUGAGAAGCUGAGAGAAGAGUCUCUGUCUCCAGAAAGUGUCCUUUAUGCCUACUUGGAGAAGGCUUUAACAGUAAACCAGGAGGUCAACUGUGUGCGCCAUUUUAUUCCAGAAUGUGAACAGCACCUUCAGAAACUGAAAAGGCAAACUGAAAAGGGCUUACUGUAUGGUGUACCUGUGAGCAUCAAGGACCAUAUUGGCUACAAGGACCAUUUAUCAACAUGUGGCUUUAUUGCAUCACUUGGUAUUCUAGAAGAAGAGGACAGUGUGUUAGUCAAGGUCCUGAAGAGACAGGGAGCAAAUCCAUUUGUAAUCACCAAUGUCCCCCAGUCCUUAAUGACCUAUGACUGCAGCAACUCCAUUUUUGGCCAGACAGUGAACCCUCUCAACCACAAGAAAAGCCCUGGUGGCUCCUCUGGAGGAGAGGGGGCUCUCAUUGCAGGAGGAGGGUCCAUCCUGGGCUUUGGGACUGAUGUGGGUGGAAGUAUCCGCUUGCCUUCCAGCUUUUGUGGACUUUGUGGGCUGAAGCCAACAGGAAAUAGGCUAAGCAAUUUAGGAGUAAGAGGUCCUGUUGAUGGAAUCCUCUCAGUUACACUAUCGCUGGGACCAAUGGCGAGGGAUGUGGACAGCCUGGUUCUGUGCAUGAAGGCUCUCUUAUGCAAUUACAUGUUCCAGCUGGACCCCACUGUGCCACCUAUGCUGUUUAAUGAAGAGAUAUACUCUAGCACUACUCCACUCCAGAUUGGAUAUUAUGAUACUGAUGACUAUUUCUUGCUCCCUCCCUGCAUGAGGAGGGCUGUGCAUGAAACUGGGAAGCUUCUCCAAGAAGCUGGUCAUACGCUGGUUCCUUUCACUCCACUAUCAGUGCCCUAUGUCAUGGAUGAACUUUUUAUCAAAGGUCUUUUUGCUGAUGGAGGCUCAGCUCUGCUGUCCAUGUUUGGAAAAGAUAUAAUAGAUCCAAGCUUGAAACCCCAAGUUAAUUUCCUGAGAAUCCCAAAUUUGGUGAAGAAAAGUUUGGCCAAAAUUAUCAAACCAUGGUUUCCACGAUUGGCCAGCCAUCUGAACGCAUUGUGUGGAGUGAGAUCCGUGAAGUCGCUGUGGGAGCAGCAUGCCAAAGUGAAGGCUUAUUGUAAGAAGUUUGUUGAUGAAUGGAGGAGGUGCAAGUUAGAUGUUGUCCUAUGUCCAGUUCUGGGUCCUGCCUUCCCUCUUAGAUACCCUGGAAAGCUACUGGCUGCUGUCUCAUCUACUAUGUUAUACAAUGUCUUGAACUUUCCUGCUGGAGUUGUGCCAGUCACCACAGUGACAGAGGAUGAUGAAGAAGAGUUGCAGCAGUACCAAGGACAAUAUGGUGAUCUCUGGGACAAGAAACUGAAAAAGGCUGUGGAAGAUACAGUGGGGCUUCCUGUGGCUGUGCAGUGUGUGGCCUUACCAUGGCAAGAGGAAUUAUGCCUUCGGUUCAUGAAGGAGGUAGAGACACUGUCCUGCAAGAGGAGAGGGAAGAAAGACAUAUGACUUUGCCAAAGGAAGCAAUUUGUCUAGAAUGGAUACAAUUAUACUGUAACAAUAUGAAGUGUCAUACAGUCGUGGUUGAAAAAAAAGACAAAAAACAUUCCAUUGGUUCCAGUGGAAUUUUUGCUUUUUACCAUUCCUGUUGAAGGAAGCAUUUGCCUGAAUUACCAAUUUCUACAACUCACCAGACACUUGAGUAUUUAUUCAGAUUAGCUGGGGCUAGCAGGAAUGAUGAAGGCCACAUCAGUAGAAGGCAAUUUAUGUCACUGUUCCAAACUGAUUUCCUAUAAGCAAGGAGGAAUCCAACACCCUUCC